UGCAUAACGUGCCGUGGGAACUAUUUAUUGAUGGUACAAAGAUGGUGCAGAGUUUCCGCGAAAAUGGAACCAUGACUUACUACACAUUAGACGCUGGCGUUAGGAUGUUUAACGAGAAGGAAGUUGAUAUGAUGCAAGGAACAGGGCAGCCUGUGUGGCGCUGUUUGACACUGGCUAACUUUGCGGUUCAAUUCCUCACGACUCCAGGAGAGUAUGAUAUGGAAACUGCCGUUAGUAUGUUCCUGCCAGAGAAACUGGCAUACUCUGUCAAGAUGUGCCGCCUGAUAAUGGCACCUGUGUUGCUGGAAGAUUCAAGGGCGUGGUGCCUGUACACGUUCGAUAGGCAGCGAAAAGUACUGAUAGUACUUGACCCAGUUCAUAAUCUCCAGGAUAUAGACAUGUUGGCUAGGCUCCAUGCUCAAAAUGCAGAGCUGCUGCUCGAAGGACUCAAGCUGGUUGGCCAAACGCUGGCAGAUGGGUUCACUAUCAACAGGGCUGAAUGGGACAUUGAGUACAACCAGGGGAUGCAUGUCCCUUGCUCUAUGUGAGUGCAUACUCCUCUGUUCUAUUGUUCGAUGCAAGACAUGUUGGUAGAUCAACAACCCUUCUUUCCUGUAAUUUUGCCAUGGUUUCAGAGAGGAGUCCGGAAUUUACAUCUUCCACUAUGCCAAGUUCUUCACUGGAGAACACCUUAUAGAAGACAUCGAUGACGAUGGCCUGGUCGUUCUGCGCAAAAGGAUGUUUUAUGACAUGAUGGCGACAAGGGGAAACGUUGGCGAGAAGCCUGGCUUUAUGCUGACCGGCUGAUCGUCCCGAGUUGAAAUCUGGACUUGAAUAAAAUUGGUGCGAACAUGUUUGCACAUCGGCCUGCCUGGAAAGAGUGAGCUUUCCUGACUAAGGUUGCUCGACCAGUGUGGCUGAUUUGUCUUCAGUGCAACCUGCGGAAGCACAUCUAUCCCCCAUUUAUGCAAGCUUGUAUUAAAGACCAGACAUAUUAGUAGUAAUUGUUCCUGCUGAGCACUAGUUUAAGAACUCCCCGUUUGUAAUAUUUGAGGCUUACCUUGCCUGCCGCAUUCUCAA